ACAUUAAAUGAGAAUGUAAACAAUUAAAAAAAAUUUUUUGGAAAAUGUCUGCUUUAGAACAGCUCAAGAAAGUCACGACCAUAGUCGCCGAUACGGGUGACUUUGAUGCCAUUAAUGUCUAUAAGCCGACGGAUGUGACGACAAAUCCAUCGUUAAUCCUGAAUGCCUCAACUAUGGAGCACUAUAAGCAUCUCGUACAGAAUGCAGUCGAAUAUGGCAAACGUAAGGAGGGUACUCUGGAGAAUCGUGUGGAGGAGGCAAUGGAUUAUUUGUGCGUAUUAUUUGGUUGUGAAAUUUUAAAAAUUGUGCCUGGUAGGGUGUCCACAGAAAUAGAUGCGCGUCUCUCAUUUGAUACGACACAGAGCGUGGAAAAAGCAUUGAAAUUGAUUAAAUUAUAUAAAUCGCUUGGCAUACGGAAAGAACGUAUUCUCAUCAAAUUAGCCUCAACCUGGGAGGGCAUUAGGGCGGCCGAAAUUUUGGAAAAGGAGUAUUUCGUACAUUGUAAUCUAACACUUCUCUUCUCCCUUGUUCAGGCUGUUGCCUGUGCGGAGGCUGGCGUAACAUUAAUCUCGCCGUUUGUGGGCCGAAUUCUGGAUUGGCAUAUCGCAAACACGGAUACGAAAAGCUUUGAGCCCAAUGAUGAUCCGGGCGUUAUAUCUGUGCGAAAUAUCUAUAACUACUACAAGAAAAAUGAUUAUAAGACCUCAAUUAUGGGAGCAUCUUUUCGAAAUACGGGCGAAAUCAAAGCAUUAGCUGGCUGCGAUCUGCUAACGAUUAGCCCAGCUCUGCUGAAAGAAUUGGAGCAUGAUCGAGGCGAGGUGCCCGUCCAAUUGUCUGUUUCGAAUGCCAAACAGCAGAAUAUCAAGCAAUUGUGCCUUUAUGAGAAUAAAUUUAGAUGGUUAAUGAACGAAGAUGCCAUGGCCAGUGAUAAACUAGCUGACGGCAUUCGAAAAUUUACAUUGGAUACCGUAAAACUAGAGAAUUUAAUUCGUUCUUUCUUUUAACCAUUUAAUCUGCAAUACUUCUGUCAAAGAGCUCAAUGUUCGCCACAUUGUUGAAGCAUCGACCUGUGUUUACAAAUUUUCAAUUCAAAAUAAUUUAGUUUAAAAAUAUACGCUUCUUUUUAUGAUAUG